AUGAAGAAUUUGAUGAAGGCGACCACAGAAAUUCUAGAUCUUGAUAUUGAGGACCUUUUACUGUCACUGGGCCCUACAGAAGAGAGAGCUGCAUUGCUGAAAAUUAUCAACGAUCUAAGGAUUGCUCCAAAAUCAGUAAAUGCUACUGAUAGUUCUCGUUCUGACGCUGAGAAGGAUUCCGAUGAAAUUUCAAUAAACCGCACAACCGUUCCUUUUUUGGAAAGUAGAAACUAUUCCACAAUCCUUGCAGAAACAAUCCACUCUACAACUUCUGCUGCUUUAGCAUCCUUCAAAACAACAGAAGAGGGAAGUAUUCAGAAUACAACUGCUUCUUCUACAUCUGGAGAAACAACUAAAACCUCGUUUACAGCAGUUCCCCGUAGUACUGUAAGCCUUUUAACUUCUUCUCUUCUUACAACAGAUUCAAGCGUGAAAGAAGCACUUGUGGGUUUACCGCUACCCUUACGCUUAGUGGACGAGUCAAGAUCAAAGCAAAAGAAGACAAGUAAAUCUCAAGGAAAUGGCCUAUCAAUCAAGAAAUCUUCCUCUUUGGAGAACAAGUUAGCGCCCAUUGACGAGAAUGAGGAAAGCGAAGAAUUUGAAAUUCUCGUCCCCUUCAAUGAUAAAUCUAAAGGGAAGCUGAGACCAAGUUUAUCGCCGAUAGAUAUUGAAGCUGCUCGAAAGCUGCAUAGUGGAAACGUUUUGCCGCCUGAUUCUACUAUCAACAUUCCAAAAAUAUCUAAUAGCGAGAAAAGAGGAGCAAAUAGACAACCCCUUGCAGAAAGACCAUCUUUUAGCACUUUGAACACACUAAAGAGCAAUCUGAACAAUGAACUUCUCAAAAGCAAUAAGAAAAAGAAGAACUCUAUUGGAAAAUCUAGGAGGAGAGUAAUCUUCAAACCAUCAGUUCGAUGGAGGUCAUCAGCGCGAAGUGGUCCCAAAUUGAUGACAGAACAUGUGAAGGCUAGUAUUAAGGUAAGUGAGAAUAAGAAGAAAUUCUCUAGAAAACAGCCGCAAAUCAAAAUCCCAAGGAAAAAAGGACCAAACAGAUUCCCGGGGACCUCAAAGAGAAAAUUUAGAGCAAAAAAGGCAGAUUUCAUUCUUAGAAGAGAUUCCCUUAUGAUUCCUGUCAAAAUGUCUGCGACAACAACUGCACCGCGACAAACUGCCCCGGUGAAUGCUUUGCGGCAGGGUAAUCAUACCCCAAGUACGCCAAAAACGGUGUUAACACCUUCGACAGAACCGAACAAACGAAACGCAUUGGAAGGUGUAAAAAUAGCCCGUGUAGGGCGACAAGUGCAGCGCAGAUCAAGUCCAACCCCCGCAGAGAAACCAUCUUUAAUGGUGAAAAAUGGUGUGGUGCAACGAGUUACGGCGCAGGACACUCCGGAACAUAUCCCAAAUUUUGACGAUCACCCGGCUCCAUUGCUAGAGAACAGCCAGUUAUCCGAAAGAGUACUGACGCUACUAAAGUUAUUGACUUCAUCGCUGGACCCUAAAAGAAAAGAACAAUCAGCGCAAGGAAAUGAGAUUGCAAAGCACGGAUUGCAA